UUUUUAACCUGUCCGAUCAACCAAACGACUGAUCUCCGCCAGACGAAAAAUGACGGGACUCUCCACACGCGGUCCAAUCGUAUGAAUCCACAAUCGUACGAUCGGUUCUUUGUGUCUAUGGCCAGCUUUAGUGUUUUUUUUAGUGUAUCAUGCAAAUCUAGGUUCACAAAGAUCAUUGUAUAGAUAUUUAAAUAAAUUAGGAGGAUUAUAAUUAAAGUAACACAUUUCUACAUUUGUCUAAGGUUUGAGGAUGUGCCAAAGGUGAAGCCUACUUCAGGGUCACUCUGGACUAGACUGAGUACUUUUCCAUAGUGGAAUAGACAUCUAUCUCUUGUCAAGUUCAUGGUGAGGAAAUGGCAGAACAGAAAAAGAUGAAAACCUCCUUCCUCUUUAUCCAGCUGCAGUCACCAAGCAAAUCUGCUGAGCGUUCACAAGAGGCGUGUAGCUUGCUAGCAGUGAGCAGAGAAGCAUGUGACACAACGAGGCCAGAUCAUCCUGUGAGAAAAGACACACAUCCUUAUUACAGUAACUUAGAAGGGAAACAGAGUACUCUGGACUCCUCUCCUCACACAAGCCUAUCAUGUGUCAGCAUCUGUGAAGAAAUGAACAAUGGCACAGAGAGAAGCCCAGUUACAGCUAAGGCAUAUGCUGUGCCACUCACUAAUGCCAAGGAUAACUUCCUCCUUUCUCAUGGCACAUCUUUUGGUUAUGAAAUGAUUGAACUGACAGCAUACGACACAAGUUCCGUCCCGAAUCAGAGUAACUCUGCCUUGCACAGAAAUUCCUCCCCUUCUCCAUGCCACAGUUAUGUUUCCAAAUGGGAUAUGAUGGAUCAUCACCAGAACAGUAUUAAUGGAGAAAUUGUAUGGUGGAAGGCAGAGGUAUGUAAACCCACCCUUAUAAACACACCAAGCAUUUUGAGGACUUCUGAAUGUAAAAGCUUUCAAGAUGCUGUGGCAGAGAAGUCACCCAAAUUAGCAGGAUUUACUGAGCCAGCAAAGGAAGAGAUUCUAACAGCAAACUACACUGUGCAAGUAACUGCAGCUAGUCCUGUUAAACUGGAAAAGGUGGAAAGAUAUGUUUGGGUUAGCAGCACAUCAGCACACUGUCAAAAUGUUGCCAAAGCAAAGUAUGAAUUCUUAUUCGGUCAAGCUAUCAACACAGCUGAUGAGAAUGUGCCAGAGAUUGAUGAUCCUGGAAAUACUAGAUUACUCCCUCAAACCACAAGUGUCACAAAUGAGUUCCCUGAAUAUGGGACAACAGAGCACAGAGAGCCUGAGACAUUUGGAACUGCAUUUAGGUAUGUAGAAGAAUCAGGAGAAUGUUUAAAUAACAUGAAGGAACCUGAGCAGUUGUCCCCUUGUGGCCCAGUUGUGCAGAAUGACUGUUUAACAGAAGAGCACAGACUAUGUCCAGAAGAAAAACUCAAGGAUGUAGCUAAAACAGAAUUUGCAGACUCUAACUGUGUUUUAGAUCUUAACCCCUCAUGUGGAGAGAUCAAUGCACACAUUAUUCCAGAUGGUCAUUCCAUUUUAAACUGUACCUCUGUGCAGGUGGGAAAUAGACUGGACAAUGCCACAUCUAAGCAGUUGGACCAAGCUGAAGAAUCGGUAUCACUAUCAUCAGUUCCUGUCAUCUCGUCAGAAAGGAAAUCUUAUUUGUUUGUUGAGAGGGAAUUGGCUGCAAUCUCAGAAGAAGAGACUCUGUCAGAAUCCUCACUUUCACAAAUUACAGAGAUAACAGACUUCCCCAAUGUGCAUACAAAUAAUACAGUUCCAGUUACAUCCAUAUUAAAGAACAAUAUGCAUAUGGAGGAAGAAGUAAAUGGAAUCCUUGUUGCAAGAAAGGCUGAGGAAGAGGAAGAUUUAAUGCCCUAUCUAACUGAAUCUCCAGACAAGCUGCUGUCUAAAGAAAAUGCUGCUUUUGUUAAUAUGGAAUCUUCAAAGGUACAGAAAAAUAUGGAUAUAUCAGUAGAUGAGACGCAACUUGAUACCCAAAUACUGGUAUCUUCAGGAAAAAGGAAUUGCAUUCCAUCCUCAGUAAGGACUAGGGGGGUACAGGGAAGUGCUUUGACGUCUUUUGUUCAUGGACAAUUGAGUAGUUCUGAGUCAAGCCUGAAUGAAGGUGUGGACAAUGAAGUCUUUCUAAAGGAAUCUGACCAUGGCAAUGAGAACCCAGUGCCAGUUCAUCUUUUGCAGAGUCCUAGGAUUAUGACUGAAGAUAAGCAUGAGGAUGUGCUUAAAUCAAAAAGAUGUUCAGAAGAUUCUACUGACUUGUACAGCUCCCAGUUUGAGAACAUAUUGGAUAAUACAUCCUUGUAUUAUAGUGUGGAGUCCCUUGACACACUUUAUUAUGAACCUGAUAGUUUCUUUAGUUUUGAAAUGCCACUUACUCCAAUGAUCCAGCAGCGAAUCAAGGUAUAUAUCAAUUUCUUAGACCGGAAAAACUCAGAAAGUCAUCAGGAAUACCUCAAGGUGGACUCUAGCUGUGGAAUAUCAAUGGGGUACUGCAAUGAUGUAGUUAAUGGGCUGGAUGAUGAAACAAAAUUCAGAAAAACUUCACAUGAUGUGGAAUUCUCAGGAAGUGAUGUGGGAUCAUGCAGCAAAGCUUUAGAAGCCUCUUGUGACAUGGGCAGCACUGAGAUCCUUGAAAAAGGAAGCACUGAAAACCUCAGCAAUGGGACCAAUAGUAACAAACAAGCUGCUAAACGUCUAGCUAAUCGCCUCUACCACUUGGAUGGAUUUAAACGCUCUGAUGUAUCAAAGCACUUAGGAAAAAACAAUGAUUUCAGCAAAAUUGUGGCAGAAGAGUAUCUUAAAUUUUUCGAUUUCACAGGACUGACUUUGGAUCAAUCACUCAGGAUUUUCUUUAAAGCCUUUUCACUCAUUGGUGAAACUCAGGAAAGGGAGAGGGUAUUGGUCCAUUUCUCCAACAGAUACUUUAUGUCUAAUCCAAACAGCAUGUCUUCUCCAGAUGAAGUGCAUUGUCUCACCUGUGCAAUAAUGCUUCUCAACACAGACUUGCAUGGACAUAACAUUGGAAAGAAAAUGAGCUGUCAAGAAUUCAUUGCAAACCUCCAAGGAGUAAAUGAAGGAAGAGAUUUCCCUCAAGUACUGCUCAAGGCUUUAUAUAACUCAAUCAAAAAUGAGAAGAUCGAGUGGGCUGCGGAUGAUGUUGAUGCAAUGAAGAAAUCCCCCUCUGACAGCGCUGAUGAAAAGCCCAAUGGUACACAGUCAAAGAGCGUUAAUCGAAUUGGCAGCAGCAAUCCAUUCCUGGAAAUUCCUCAUGAUCCAAAUGCUGCAGUAUACAAGACUGGUUUUCUCGCUCGAAAAAUACACGCAGACAUGGAUGGAAAGAAGACUCCAAGAGGAAAACGAGGCUGGAAAACAUUUUAUGCUAUACUUAAAGGAACAGUUCUGUAUUUGCAAAAGGAUGAAUAUAAACCCGAGAAGGCACUGUCAGAAGACGAUUUAAAAAAUGCUGUGAGUGUUCAUCAUGCUCUAGCACUGAAGGCAACAGACUAUGAGAAAAGACCUAAUGUCCUGAAACUCAAAACAGCAGACUGGAGAGUUUUUCUAUUUCAAGCUCAGAGCACAGAGGAAAUGGAAUUAUGGAUAAGCAAAAUCAACUGUGUGGCUGCAGUGUUUUCAGCUCCUCCCUUUCCAGCUGCUAUAGGAUCACAGAAGAAAUUCAGCCGACCUUUACUACCAGCCACUACUACCAAACUGACCAAGGAUGAACAACUAAGAUCACAUGAAACAAAGUUAAAGCAUAUUUCCACUGAGCUGGCUGAGCAUCGCUCAUAUCCACCUGAUAAGAAAGUGAAAGCCAAAGAAAUAGAUGAGUAUAAACUCAAGGACCACUAUCUGGAGUUUGAGAAAAUGAGAUAUGAAGUUUAUGUAAAAAUACUGAAAGAAGGAGGCAAGGAAAUGCUGACAACAAAUGAUAAUGACAACUCAGGGCUAAAAAAAUCCCAUUCCAGUCCUUCGCUGACCCAAGAUUCAUCACCAUCUAGUGCCAAGGUCAAGCGAAACAUUUCAGAGAGGAAGGACUACCGGCCAGAGACACCAAGCAUUAAGCAGAAGGUUACAUAAA